AUGUGCUCAUUCCACUUUCCUGCCCUCCCUUCUCUCCUCCAUCCCCUCUUCAUUCUCCUCUAGUAUGUCAGUCUCACUCCCUGAAUUAAUUGCAGAUAAUUAUUCUAUGUAAAUGUCAUCAAAAUGUACAAUAUUUAUUAUAAUAACCAUUACAUUUCCCAUGUAUGUUUAUAUUUUCACAACAUUCAUCUUUGUAAAGCGGGUUGGGUGGUACUUCGAUUUAAUUGUAUGACUCAACAACGCCUCUUAGCGAAGCCGAACACUUUUUUUUAUAAAUGACAUGUACACAGUAUACUCUAACAACCCUGUAAAUGGAAUGAAAGUAUUUACAGGACAGAGAAUAUCCAGAUGUCAAAUUGUAGAGGAAGUAAGGCCGGGAGUCAAAUGCACCUUAUCGGCAAACGCAUUGCACCUGACUUUUAAAGUUGAAGAAGAUCAAAAGUCCAAUCAAGACCAAUCAUCAAACAGGCCCAAACUACCAGUGAAAACAACAUUGUCCGCAUUCUGCCAUGGCUUCCAACACCAAUGCUGUCCCCAGUGGAGCGGAGGGAGAACAGCAGCCGGAGCAGACUAUCACCUCCCAGCCAACCAGCGCUGAGCACCAAGAGACAGCCCCUGACUCCAGCCAAUCGGAACCCAAAGACCACUUGGCAGUAAUCAGCGAGAAGAUGGAGACCAGUAAUGGAAUGUGUGCUGCCGACUCCUCGCCCACAUCUUCCAUCUCGUCCCCCAAGCGACUGCAACACGCCAAACCAACCAACGGCCGGGCGCGGAAAGGAAGCCGCUCUGGGUCCCUGCUGGGUCAUGGGGCAGGGUCUCCCAGGCCUUCCAUCAGCCGUCAGCCCAGCACUGUGACAGAGGAGGACAACGGCAAGCCCCCUAGAGACUACCUGAUCCUGGCCAUCCUGUCCUGCUUCUGCCCCUUGUGGCCCAUCAACAUCGUGGCUCUCGUCUUCUCUGUUAUGUCGAGGAACAGCCUGCAGCUGGGGAACAUUGACGGGGCGCGGCGUCUGGGCCGGAACGCAAUGGUGCUGUCCAUCGUCUCGCUAGUUGGCGGGGUCAUCAUCAUCAUCGCAGCCAUCGUCUUAAACUGGGGAAGUAUAAUAAAAUCCUGAGGGUCACCAUGGAAACCAGGAGCAAGAUCACAAGACAGCACACAAACAACCAUCCCAACCAGACUUUUCCCCUUUCCUACGAUCAAAACACUAUUCUACAAAAGCACCUGCAACCUACAGUAUAGUCCCCUCGUCCCUUUUUUUUGCUGCACGAGCAUGUAUGGCCUGUAAUAUGUUCUCUGAAACGGAUAGACAAGUCCUUCAUCUCUACCUCCUACACCACGGACCCCAACGCAGCCACCAGUGGUGUAGGGCACGUUAAACGUAUGUAAACGCCGGAUACGCACGUUCUUAAUUUUGCUCGAGUGUUUACCCACCUUUUGCAGACAAAUGCAUCAUUGACCGCGAACAGUGAUCAGGAGUUACCCACCUAUUUUUGUUGACCACUCGUCACUGGCUGCCGCCAUCACUCAGAAAGUCGAAGGCGUCAUGUUGAACAACACUGAGGUAGGAUAGACCGUGACAACCAGGCUGGUUCCUCUGAAUAAGAGAGACACGUCUAACUCUGGUCAACGAUGCCAUGAUCCCCUGCAAUGGUUGCAUGAGUCUCUCAGACUGUAUUUAAAGUCUCUGCAUAGUUUUCCAGGACCAGGCUGCUCCUCCCGAGCUGCUCCUCCCCGGCUGCUCCUCCCAGGCUGCUCCUCCCAGGCUUCUCCUCCCACGCUGCUCCUCCCAGGCUGCUCCUCCCAGGCUGCUCCUCCCGAGCUGCUCUUCCCAGGCUGCUCCUCCCAGGCUGCUCCUCCUGAGCUGCUCUUCCCAGGCUGCUCCUCCCAGGCUGCUCUUCCCAGGCUGCUCCUCCCAGGCUGCUCCUACCGAGCUGCUCCUCCCAGGCUGCUCUUCCCAGGCUGCUCCUCCCGAGCUGCUCCGAACGUGACAAAACACGGUGUCGCCGGGAAAGGACAUCUGCUUUUCUCUGUACUGGGAUUAUUUUCUUCCACUGUACCAUUCAUCUCCAGUCAGUCCACACCACUGUAACACAACCAAGGGAUCCUUUUAACUGUGAUGUCAGAAACCAUCUCACACUAUGGGAGCAAGUUAAAGAAGUCAAAGGGAGAGUUAGGGAGGGAGGUGACAGGAUUGGAAUUGAUCUUUGAUCAAUGUGAUGAUGUUGAUGGGGGGGGGGGGGGGGGGGCUUUUUGUUCUGCAUUUGUUCCAUAUCAUUCUUUUCUGUAAAGGGAGGGAGGAGUUAGAGACAGAUGGGACCAUCUGUAGUUUGAUUUAGGGAAAAACCUGGGGUCUCCAUCUAUCUUUGCUUCAUCGUCUUCGUUUUAAAAUACCUGGAAUCUGGGGAGAAUGAGCCACUCUGGGUUGGGGAUUGAGGCAGGGCAGGUAACUCGCAUGCACUCUGAAACACACUUGCUUACCCCCCCCCCCCCCCGCACACACACACAAAUAUAUAUACACAUAGAGUGUGAGAGAAGACAGAUGUACGCAGUUACACACAGAGACACAGGCAGGCACACCCAUACGGCGGAAUGACAUUCUCAUUGGCUGAGGGAAGGAGGGAGAUAAAGAACAGGAGAGGAGAAGAGGGAGGGGAGGAUUGGGGAUAGCUGCAUGGGCUUCAGUCCUUUGUUUGGCACAGAUAGAGGCAAAGAGGAUGUGUGUGUGUGUGUGUGUGUGUGUGUGUGUGUGUGUGUGUGUGUGUGUGUGUGUGUGUGUGUGUGUGUGUGUGUGUGUGUGUGUGUGUGUGUGUGUGUGUGUGUGUUUGCGUGCGUGUGAGAGAGAGAGACAGAGAGGGAAAGAGAAAGAGAGAUGGUGUGGUGCUUGAUACUGAUGCAGGAUAAAAGUCAGAGAAUAUACUAGACUGGAAAAACAGACUGAGCAGAGCCGGUUCUAGAAUAAACACAAAAGACAGGCAGUCAUUUUAAUUUUGUUGCUUACUCUUCAUUUCCCCCGCUUCUGUCUAGUAUAUACCUCCAUAUCAUCUAUUCCUUAUUGGUAACUUAUUUAUUCAUUUUACCUUUACUUUAACAGGGUGUCCUAUUGAGACCAGGGUCUCUUUUGCAAGGGAGCCAUGCAUCUUUCAAUUCCACAACAACAAUGUUAUGACAGUCUGCUUGACAGUAUUUACACAAUUCUAAACAUAGUCUACCAUCUCUGGUCAGUUUGAAUUCAUUCCUUUCACUUCAGUACCUCUCACCUCUCUAAGUAUGUAUUCGUUAUCUUUGAUGGUUGCCUCUUUUGUUCAAAUUCUACACAAUUGCCUCACUGGGGUGUUUGGUCAGUUGUUACUCUCUCUCCUCCCUGGUCAGUAUCAGCUCCUAUGUGCUUAGUGUUUGCCCUUGUCUGGUUGUUAUUCACAGAGAAGAAUGACCUCUUCUCCCUCUGGGAGUCAGUCAGUGUGUCACUGUGUGCCAAAGCCUGGAAUGUGAGCCAAGCCACAUACAGUAGGGGCAAGGCAGUCUUUUGCUUGACUCUGGCUAAGUGCUCUAGAGAUAGAGAGAGAGAGAGAGAGAGCAAAAGAGUGUGAGAGAGAAAUGCAGUGUAACACUGUGUGUGUGUGUGUGUGUGUGUGUGUGUGUGUGUGUGUGUGUGUGUGUGUGUGUGUGUGUGUGUGUGUGUGUGUGUGUGUGUGUGUGUGUGUGUUUGCGUGCGUGUGAGAGAGAGAGACAGAGAGGGAAAGAGAAAGAGAGAUGGUGUGGUGCUUGAUACUGAUGCAGGAUAAAAGUCAGAGAAUAUACUAGACUGGAAAAACAGACUGAGCAGAGCCGGUUCUAGAAUAAACACAAAAGACAGGCAGUCAUUUUAAUUUUGUUGCUUACUCUUCAUUUCCCCCGCUUCUGUCUAGUAUAUACCUCCAUAUCAUCUAUUCCUUAUUGGUAACUUAUUUAUUCAUUUUACCUUUACUUUAACAGGGUGUCCUAUUGAGACCAGGGUCUCUUUUGCAAGGGAGCCAUGCAUCUUUCAAUUCCACAACAACAAUGUUAUGACAGUCUGCUUGACAGUAUUUACACAAUUCUAAACAUAGUCUACCAUCUCUGGUCAGUUUGAAUUCAUUCCUUUCACUUCAGUACCUCUCACCUCUCUAAGUAUGUAUUCGUUAUCUUUGAUGGUUGCCUCUUUUGUUCAAAUUCUACACAAUUGCCUCACUGGGGUGUUUGGUCAGUUGUUACUCUCUCUCCUCCCUGGUCAGUAUCAGCUCCUAUGUGCUUAGUGUUUGCCCUUGUCUGGUUGUUAUUCACAGAGAAGAAUGACCUCUUCUCCCUCUGGGAGUCAGUCAGUGUGUCACUGUGUGCCAAAGCCUGGAAUGUGAGCCAAGCCACAUACAGUAGGGGCAAGGCAGUCUUUUGCUUGACUCUGGCUAAGUGCUCUAGAGAUAGAGAGAGAGAGAGAGAGAGAGAGCAAAAGAGUGUGAGAGAGAAAUGCAGUGUAACACUGUGUGUGUGUGUGUGUGUGUGUGUGUGUGUGUGUGUGUGUGUGUGUGUGUGUGUGUGUGUGUGUGUGUGUGUGUGUGUGUGUGUGUGUGUGUGUGUGUGUGUGUGUGUGUGUGUGUGUGUGUGUGUGUCUGCCCCCGGAUGCUGUUUUUAGGGAGAAGCAGUUGAGUCAGUCCCCUCCCACUCAGUUUAAAGGUGUCAUAUUCUACUUGGCACCCACAUUCCCUUCACUUCCUGAGCCCAGUCCCCUGUGCAUGUUUACAGUAUCGUUUACAGUGCGUUUAUACUUAAGAGUUUUUAAUGGAGGCUGGGUUAACUCUAAUGCUUUUACACCAAGGACAUCUUUAGGUAGCUGAGAGGCUCGUUGACCCGUACAGCGCGUUGUAAAUAAAUCACAUGCAUAUUUGUCAUGACAACACAUGAUGUUCACGUCCAAAGUUGACUUUUUCCACUGCGAUUUGUUUGGGGGUCCAGAAUAAUCUAUGCCAAUUUGUUAUUUUGAGACUCUGCUCCACCCGACCGUUUGGAGCACUUCCUCAGAACCACCCUUGAGGUCUACGCUAGCUACCAUAGAAAGGCUACAAUAUGGUUGAAAACCAAAGGGGAAGGUUUCCCAUGUUUGGAAGGUUAGUGAGGGGGUGUGUCCCAAUAAUAUAUCCUUUCUACUGAAGUGUACACUCGUUCAAUAGUUCCCACUAAUCUAAAAGCAUUGGAUUAGUGGAGGCAUGCAGGGUGGGAAAUUCCGUUUUUAGUCCAUCAGCCGUGGAUGCCCAAAUUUGACCAGCCACAAAAAAAAUGAAGAUAAAUCACAGAAAACGCAUACACAAAUAGGUUUUUUUUGUGGGCUUUGGAUUGAACAAAAAUAAAACUGCUCCCAAAUGCUCUGUGUGAUCACCCAUCCAUGUGGCUGGUAAGAAAAUACAUUCUACCAGCCAAUGGCAAAAUCUAGCAGCAUUUGGCUGGUGGCUGGUUUUCCUUUCCCACCCUGGAGGCAUUGGCUAGAGGGAGUUUCUACAAUACGUAUUGUACCAGCCAUUUAUUUUCGAAUCAGUGAAGGGAAGUUAACAAGUGCACACUUUGGGAGGAAGAAGAGGUCAUCAGGACAUUGCCCAAGUCUCCUGUAACCCCAUUCACGCCAAAAGUGUAGCAUGUCUGUUCGUACUAAAACCACAUAAGCAAAAAAGAUUUGCAGCUGAAAGUGAAUGCUGACUUUUGACUUCUUUUAUUUCCAUUUCUCAAUGGUUGUGCACAACUAUGGAUAUUUAACCUGCUUGCACUAUAUUGUAGAUGUAUGUAUGUAUGUAUGUAUAUAUUUAUUUAUAUACCUGAUUAUGCCUUUGGUUUGAUGUGGACUGUUAUUGAGCUAUUAAUUGUAUUAUUCCAUUAUUAUCAUCACUAGUACCACUAUUGUCAUGAUUAUGGUUCUAUUUCACUGUUAUCUCUGCUAGAGUUGUUGUUCUCUUUAUGACAAUAGAACAACACAAAGGAAACAAUAUUCUACAAUGGCCUUCGCUGUUAUUCAACCCGGUUGGUUUCUGAGCUUCCUUGACAAGAGAACGGCGCAACAACAAAAAAAGCAUGUUUACAGUUAGUUACACAAUUCAUAUGCAGAUACCUUAUGUGAUCACAACGACGAUGACCAACCAGUUCAUGAGAUAAUUUAUACACACACCGACAUAAACGUCGUGAGUAAUCUCCACCUUUUCUUAGUAAUUUCCUAUUAAUCUCUCAGGUCUUUCUUUCUCCCACCAAAUUCAUGAAUUCCUUUAAUUAAGAACAUCAUUAUUCCCAACUAAUUCAUGUUCUUCUGAUCCUUCUUAUUUUCUAUAGAUUAUCGUUAUUUUAUUAUAUGCUUUUAUCCAAAGCGAUAAAUUUUUACAUAUGGUUGGUCCUGGGAAUCGAACCCACAUUCCUGGCAUUGCAAGCGCCACACUCUACCAACUGAGCCAUGUCGGAUCACUUUACAAUUAUCUAUUUGAUCCCCUUUCCUGUUUGUUGUAAACUACAUCCUGCCCAAUAUAAUCUAUAUCCUGUUUUGAUAUAUUAUCUCUUUGGAGGAGAGAUCUUGGUUCACUCCCAAAUGAAACCCUACUCCAUUUCUAGUCCCAUGGGGCUCUGGUCAAAAGUAGUGCACUAUAUAGGGAAUAUGGUGCCAUUUGGGAGGUAGCCACAGACCGGUGGUACCAGACCAUCGGCCCAUUAGUUAAUCAGUCUUGUUCUUAUUGUCGUUGAUUACAGAUCUAUAAUAUAAUCCUGAAUCAGACAUCUGUGCAGACCUGCCUGACUGUGCAUGCCUUAAUUGACUGCUUUAUAAACAUACAGUAUGAGUAUGUAUGUACACUACUAUGUUAAUCCAAUAUAUUGAUAAAGCACUCUGUAUUGAUCUUGAUCCUGUUUGAUUAUUAAUGAUUAUUGAUCAAGUUUGAAAGGAACCUUGUGAAUAAACCCUAGUUGAGUACGA